CGUUCGGAGACCUAGACACGGACGGACGGACGGACGGACGGACGGACAGACAGACAGCCGGACGGACGGACGGAGGCAGCGAGCACCCGGAUCGCACGGGCCUCGGAGUCGUCGGGAAGGAGCGAUGACUUUUCAGGUUUGGGGGUGGCGCAAGGAAGAUGCGUCUCGGCUUCUGGCCUGGGGCUCCGACGCGCAGGACGAGCGAGGGGCCGCGAGGCGGGGCCCGGACCCGGGCCGGGCUACGAAAGAUCCCACGGCAGUGGAGAGAGCAAACUUGUUAAACAUGGCUAAGCUGAGCAUCAAGGGGCUCAUCGAGUCUGCCCUGAGCUCUGGCCGCACUCUGGACUCAGACUACCCUCCGCUGCAGCAGUUCUUCGUGGUGAUGGAGCACUGCCUGAAGCACGGCCUCAAAGUAAGGAAGUCAUUUUUGAGUUACAACAAAACCAUCUGGGGCCCUUUGGAGCUGGUGGAGAAGCUGUACCCAGAAGCCGAGGAAAUAGGAGCCAGCGUCCGGGAUUUGCCUGGUCUCAAGACUCCUCUGGGCCGCGCACGAGCGUGGCUUCGGUUAGCCCUCAUGCAGAAAAAGAUGGCUGAUUACCUGCGUUGCUUAAUUAUCCAGAGAGACCUCUUGAGUGAGUUCUAUGAGUAUCAUGCACUCAUGAUGGAAGAAGAAGGAGCAGUCAUCGUCGGGCUGCUCGUUGGCCUGAAUGUGAUAGACGCUAAUUUGUGUGUAAAGGGAGAAGAUCUAGACUCUCAGGUUGGAGUGAUUGAUUUCUCCAUGUAUUUAAAGAAUGAAGAAGAUAUUGGAAAUAAAGAAAGGAAUGUUCAAAUUGCUGCCAUCUUAGACCAAAAGAAUUAUGUUGAAGAAUUGAAUAGACAACUCAACAGUACAGUGAGCAGCCUCCAUUCAAGAGUCGACUCAUUAGAAAAGUCGAACACUAAGCUGAUUGAAGAGUUAGCAAUAGCAAAGAACAAUAUCAUUAAACUCCAAGAAGAAAACCAUCAGUUACGAAGUGAAAAUGAGAUGAUCUUGAUGAAAACGCAGCAGCAGUUAGAGGUCACCAAGGUGGAUGUGGAAACUGAGCUACAGACGUAUAAGCAUUCUCGGCAAGGCCUCGACGAAAUGUACAGUGAUGCCAGAAGGCAGCUUCGAGAGGAGGCUCACCUGCGGCAGGAUGUGGAGAAUGAGCUGUCAGUACAAGUCAGUAUGAAACACGAGCUCGAGCUUGCCAUGAAGCUGCUGGAGAAGGACAUCCACGAGAAACAGGACACGCUGAUAGGCCUUCGGCAGCAGCUGGAGGAAGUGAAAGCCAUUAACAUCGAGAUGUACCAGAAGCUGCAGGGCUCUGAAGAUGGCUUGAAAGAAAAAAAUGAAAUAAUUGCCCGACUAGAGGAAAAGACCAAUAAAAUUACGACAGCCAUGAGGCAGCUAGAGCAAAGAUUGCAGCGAGCGGAGAAGGCACAGGUGGAGGCUGAAGACGAGGAGGAAAAACACCUCCAGGAGCGUCUCAGCGAGUCUGAUGGGCUGCAGAGGCAAAUCGCUCAGAAGGAGAAGCAGCUCGUGCAACUGGAGACCGAUUUGAAGAUCGAGAAGGAAUGGAGGCAGACUUUGCAGGAAGAUCUUCAGAAGGAGAAAGAUGCCUUAUCUCAUCUUAGAAACGAGUCCCAACAAGUCAUUAGUCUUAAAAAAGAAUUUCUUAGUCUGCAAGAUGAAAACCAGCAGCUGAAGAAAGUCUAUCACGAGCAGGAGCAAGCCCUCCAAGAACUUGGUGGCAAGCUCAGCGAGUCCAAACUUAAAAUAGAAGAUAUAAAAGAAGCUAACAAAGCAUUACAGGGACUGGUUUGGCUGAAAGACAAAGAGGCAACACACUGUAAGCUCUGUGAAAAGGAAUUCUCACUCUCCAAGAGAAAGCACCACUGUAGAAACUGUGGGGAAAUUUUCUGCAAUGCCUGCUCUGACAACGAGCUGCCCUUGCCUUCUUCGCCCAAGCCAGUGCGAGUCUGUGAUUCCUGUCACGCAAUGCUCAUUCAGAGAUGUUCAUCAAACUUGCCCUAGACUCCAGACCCAAAUCCGCGUUCCAGUGACCUGCAGUGGAGGCAAUGGCCACAUGUACAAGGCAUCCAGAAAGCUCUUCCGUCAGUAUUGGUACAUCUUCUACGCAUCCAAUUCGUUCAUGGAAAGGAUAAGUCAUAUAAUUAUUUAUUUGGCCUUCUGUUAUCCAGAAUUUUCAAAAAAGCAAGUUUUAAGUACCUUAAAGCCUAAUAUUUUCUAUGGAAUGCUAAUCAUACAACCUUUAAUGGCCAGUUAGCACAGCCCACAGUCUGCCUUAUCCUUAUCCUGCACAGGCCCGUGUUAAUAGUACAGCUGCAGGUUGCUUCCUUCUCAGCUGUCCAGCUAACAUUGGAUGUGCCUGUACAUCUCCUAAUGCACUUUAAAAGUUCACAAGCCUCAGAGAAAAACUAGAAAUGCAGUAACUUUUUAGUAUUUAACACUUUUAUGUUUUGCGGCAAGAUCUCAAAGUUGCACAGUCUGGCCUUGAACUCAUGAUCCCCCAUCUCAGCUUUCGAGUGCUGAGACUACAGAUGUGCACCACCACACCUGACCUAGAGACUACUUAUUGUUUUGGUAAGGUUCUCACUUAACUGUAUUUACUCUUUCCCAUUCUACAAUGGAAGAGGGCAGUAUUUAAUAGUUUCCUUUUGGUCUUUCUCAAAACCGAUCACUGCUUGUCCCAUCACCUCGCACACAACUGGUUAAAGGCCCACUUGCUGAUUUGGUCUACUAUUAAAGUGAGGUACAUGUAACCACCAUCCAUUUUACUUUAAGUUUCUUGCAAAUCUUCCUAAAUGCUAAAUUUCUUUAUGGGAAUGCAGACCUCAGUUCAAAGAUGAAAACAUGUACCCUUCUCCAUUGGAGAAAAAAGAAAAGCAUGGGACUUAUGACUUGCAAGAUUCUAAGGAGCAAAAAAAAAAGAAAAAAAUUAAAACUCUGCCUUGGACAUAGCAGCAUCAACUUUUUAAUUCUCCCAUAGGAACAACUUCUAGGAAGCCUUACUUUGUAGUGGUCUACCACUGCAGUAUACAUCCACAGGGAAAUUUCCCCAUUCACCAUGUCCCUCUGUAUAUUGGGGUCUUGGGUGAUGAAGAUGCAGGCAGAGAAUCAACAAAUACUACUGUCGUUAUAUUGGUUGUAACAUACCUAGAAUUUAAUCUGUAAUUAGGUCACCUCUUAUAAUCAUGUAAAACAACAUCACCAUUUAGGAUCCUCGCCUCUGUGUUAUUGUACUUUUUAAGUUUGAGCCAUUCAAAAUGCCACAGGGAAAAAAAGUUUUCCCAUGAGCAUUGUUUAGUGACUAGACAUCUCUGCAGGAUCUUUUUCUCAUGUGAAUGUAUGACAUUUUACAUUAACUUUCUAAACUGCUUAAUUCUGAAACCAGUAUUUUACUUGAAACUAUUUUCAGCAGAAUCCAUGUUUCCAGUGAGCUCCAGAGGUCAACUUCAGUUAGAUCUGACCAUUUUUAGAUGUCUUUUCUAGAAUACUGACAGAAAACGUCUAGAUUUGAGGUACAUGUGGUAGUACCCCAUAAUCCCAGCACUCAAGAGCAUAACCACAGUUCAGAGUCAUUCCUGGUCUAUAUAGUGAGUUCCAGGGCAGCCGGGGCUACGAGAAACCCUGUUUUCAAAAAAAUAAAUAAAUAAAAAUAAAAAAGAUGGGGGGGGGAAGAGAGUUAUAUUCUUGAACUUUUUUGUGUUGAUAGGGAUAGUUUUAACAUUUCUAGGAUUGCUGAAAAUAUGUAAGCAUAAAUGAAAAUUUUUAAAGUACUUUUUUAUUACAUGCUUUGAACAAAUUUUUAAAAUGUAAAUUGAUUAGGUUCCAAAGCUGAUCUCAUUCUUCAAAUAAGCCAUAAAUUUCAACACUAUUUAAAUUUUCUGCCUCUCAGAUCUUGAGUCAUCAUCAUUUGAGCUUUUUCUGAGGCAGCUUUUGGCAGCAGUAUUGACCAGCUCCAUCUAGUUUGGGCUUAAAGAAAACUUCGGGAUAAGAGUAGGUAGGCUGCUUGCAUGUUAUAUUAAGGCCCUGGGCUCAGCCAAAAAAAAAAACAAACAAAAAACACUGUUUUCCUAUUCAUUACAAACAACUUAUUUUUAUUUUGCAAUUAUGAAUUACACUACUUUCAUUUUGAAGAUGGACUUCACAUGCCAUUCCCUUAUUUAACUAGUAUCAGUGAUGCGACAUGGUGCCAAUGAGUAGCAAACUGUAAUUCUAACCUGUACUGUUUUAAAAAUAAAUGUGAAUUUUAUAAACAAUGAUUUGAAAAACC